CAAUGAAGCCCUAAAGCUAGAGGACAAAAACAGAGUGACUAAAACUACUAAAAAAGAAUCAUAUGGCAGCUGCUACAACCACCCAUCUCAAAUUCCACAACCAACCCAUCAAAAUCAAACGCCGUCGCCGCCGUGAAACCACCAUCACCUCCACCCCCACCCCCGUCGAUUCGCCACUCUCCUCCUCCUCCUCCGCCGCUACAAACACAACCCGAAGCAACCACUAUCAUAGCCGCAAAAUCGACACUCCAAUUACACUGUCCCCCGACAACUCCGGCUGCCGCGCCGCCUCCGAACCGCCGCCGGAAGCCGCCGACAGGACAUCAGCACUAGUAGUUUCAUCUCUGCCGUCGUCCUCCUCCUCGGAUCUGAAGACUCGCAGCUCAACUUCAACCAUGGGAUCCUACACCACCCCAACCCAAACCUCCGCCGCCGCCGCCGCCGCCGCCGCCGCCGCACAAGAUAAUUUCCCUUCGUCCCUCAGUAAAUUCAACUCCGCACUCACCGCCGGCCUUCUCAACCCGAUGUCACCGCCACCUCUCCUCGAUAAAACCCGGUCGAGCCCAACCCUAUUCGAAAUGAUGGCCAACGAACCAGACAGCUACUCCGUCGCAGCAACCCUCGCCGAAAACGGCGCCGUUUCGGCCCAGAACCAAAUCCAAAACCACCAGAACCCGAAGAUUUCCGCAAACGCGCCGCCGCCACCGCCGGACAAGCAGGCGCUAAUGCAGCAGCGUUUGACGGACAUUCUCGCUUCUAGAAGCCCCGGGAACCAGUUCAACGAAGCGGCCUCGAGCGAUGUGAAGCUCACCUUGAGCUCCAAAGACGGCGUCAGCAUUUCGAUUAGCGUUCACAGAGAGAUCCUUGUGGUUCAUAGUAGAUUCUUCGCGCAGACGUUCAAUGAGAAAUGGGUCAAGCAGCAGAGGAAUUUGGGGCCUCACAUUGUCGAGAUUGCCGAUUGUGAUGAUAUUGAGGUUUAUAUAGAGACUCUCCGGCUCAUGUAUUGUAAGGACUUGAGGAAGAAGCUUAUGAAGGAGGAUGUUUCUCGAGUACUCGGUAUACUCAAGGUAUCGGCGGCAAUUGGAUUCGAUGCGGGCGUGCUCUCUUGCUUGGAGUACUUAGAAGCCGCCCCAUGGGCAGAAGACGAAGAAGAGAAAGUAGCUUCUCUGUUAUCGGAGCUUCGUCUACAAGGCAUAGGUGCUAGAGAAGUUCUCAAAAGGGUUUCUCUCGACGCGACAGAAGGUGCCGAAGAAGCGAACGACAACGAACAAGUGCUCGUAAAAUUAUUACAAGUCGUCCUCGAAGGAAAAGACGACAAAGCCAGGAGAGAGAUGAAAGGAUUAGUCACCAAAAUGCUGCGCGAGAAUUCGUCGCAGAACGAUUUACGGAAAGAGUCAUUGUACUUCGCUUGUAACGGUUGUCUGAAAUUACUACGCGUAAGUUUCUUACAGGCGGCACAAGGUGAUAUGCAAGACGUAGGUCAAAUAGCCCGUCAAGCCGAUAAUUUGCACUGGCUGUUGGAUAUACUUAUAGAUAGACUAAUUGCGGAGGAUUUUUUGAAUAUAUGGGCGUCGGAGAAUUUAUUAUCCGAAUCCCAUUCGAAAGUGGCUCCGAUACAUAGAUACGAAGUGAGCAGAGUUACGGCGAGGUUGUUUGUCGGGAUCGGAAAGAGGCAGCUUUUGGCGUCUAAAGAGGCGAGGUAUAUGCUUCUUCAGACAUGGUUGGUUCCGUUUUACGAGGAUUUUGGAUGGAUGAAGAGGGCUUCAAGGGGACUCGAUCGGCAUUUAAUUGAGGAUGGGCUUAGUAAUACGAUAUCGACUUUGCCGAUGGAGUGGCAGAAGGAGAUUUUGCUUUCUUGGUUCGAGCGGUUUCUAAACGGAGGAGAUGAUUGCCCGAAUAUACAGAGAGGGUUCGAGAUGUGGUGGAGAAGGGCGUUUUGGAGACGAAAUAAUGGUGAGGUUGAGAGGCCUCGACAAAUUCGAGUCGUUUCUGAUGCGGUAGAGAAGUCUUGAAUUUAAAGACGGGUCGUAAAAUCUUGAUUGUGUCUCUUGUCUGCACGAUUGUUUCGACUAUGAAGCUCUCGAUCGCACUAAUUUGCAUUUGUAAUAACAGAACAUGUGCGUUGAUGGAGUGUGUCUUGACCCAAACGACGACAAAUUGAGUUUCACCGCUAUAACUGCCGGUCGUUUAUUAAUUAAGGUGUGAGAGAUUGCGUGCUGACGAAGUUACUCCAGACCGUGCAAGCUUGUACACUGUCGGUAAAUGCUAUUCUCAACUUCGACCCGUUUUUUUUUUUUUUUUUUUUUGGUGUUCUCUUUGAUUCAAUUGGAUAUUACUUAUUAGUGUUGUAAUGAUUCAAAUUGAGGAAUUCUGUGUUUAGUGUGGUUGCUUUGUUAAUUCUACAAUGCCACUUUUGGUUGCCAA